CCUCUUGCGUUUGACCAGAGUGGCAGAUUGAGUUGAGUGUGCCCAUCACGGAGCUCGCCCGCCAGCGACGGCGGCGCCUGCUAAAAAUCCGUGGCUAAUUAGUUUUACCAGCUGGUGUGGCCGCCGGAAUCGUUAGCCGCCGCCUUGUCCCUUCCUCGCCUCCACUCUGCCGGCCCCGGCACAACAGCGCGGCGGGGCGCGCGGCGACAGCGACGCCGGCGACGACGCUACUACGUCUAUAAAACGGCACGGGAUGUCAGGAUCCCUCGCGAGUCCACCGGCCGGCUGCCGCGUCCUUCGUUCCUGGUUCUGGGGGAUACCGGCUCUGGCUGUGCCCGGAGGCAGGCGGCGCGAUGGGAGCUCCGGCGGCGGCGGCGGCGGGCGCCGGGCAGGGGCAGGGGGAGGGCAAGGAGUACCCCGGCAGGCUCACCCUCUACGUCUUCCUCACCUGCACCGUCGCCGCCACCGGCGGCCUCAUCGUCGGCUACGACAUCGGCAUAUCCGGCGGCGUGACAUCCAUGGACGCGUUCCUCCAGGAGUUCUUCCCGUCCGUGUACCGCGAGGAGCGGACGGCGCGGGGCGGCGGCAGCGGCCAGUACUGCAAGUUCGACAGCCAGCUGCUGACCGCGUUCACGUCGUCGCUCUACCUGGCCGCGCUCGUCGCCUCCUUCUUCGUGGCGUCCGUCGCGCGCUCGCUCGGCCGGAGAUGGUCCAUGUUCGGCGGCGGCGUCUCCUUCCUCGCCGGCGCCGCCCUCAAUGCCGCCGCGCGGGACGUCGCCAUGCUCAUCGUCGGCCGCAUCCUCCUCGGCGUCGGCGUCGGCUUCGCCGGUCUGUCGAUCCCGAUCUACCUGUCGGAGAUGGCGCCUCACCGCCUCCGCGGCACGCUGAACAUCGGCCUCCAGCUGAUGAUCACCGUCGGCAUCUUCUCCGCCAACCUCGUCAACUAUGGCGCGGCCAGGAUCCGGGGCGGCUGGGGCUGGCGCCUCAGCCUCGGCCUCGCCGCCGUCCCGGCGGGCAUAAUCACCGCGGGCUCGCUGUUCCUCCCGGACACGCCGAGCUCCCUCAUCAGCCGCGGCUACCACGAGCAGGCGCGGCGGGUCCUGCGCCGCAUCCGCGGCACGCAUGACGUGGAGGACGAGUACGGCGACCUCGUGGCGGCCAGCGAGGCGCCCGGCGCCGUCCGGCGGCCGUGGCUGGACAUCCUCCGGCGCAGGUACCGGCCGCAGCUCGCCAUGGCGGUGCUCGUCCCCUUCUUCCAGCAGCUCACCGGCAUCAACGCCAUCAUGUUCUACGCGCCCGUGCUGUUCAAGACGAUCGGGCUCGGGGGGGACGCGUCGCUCAUGUCGGCGGUGAUCACGGGGCUGGUGAACAUCGCCGCCACGUUCGUGUCCAUCGCCACCGUCGACCGGCUCGGCCGGCGCAAGCUCUUCUUCCAGGGCGGGUGCCAGAUGCUCCUUUGCCAGAUCAUCAUCGGAACGCUGAUCGGCGUGGAGUUUGGAGCGAGCGGGGACGGCACCAUCCCGAAGGCGUUCGCGGCGGCCGUCGUGGCGCCCAUCUGCGUCUACGUCGCCGGCUUCGCGUGGUCGUGGGGCCCGCUGGGCAUCCUGGUGCCGAGCGAGAUCUUCCCGCUGGAGAUCCGGCCGGCGGCGCAGGGCGUCAGCGUGGCCGUGAGCAUGCUGUGCACCUUCGCCGUCGCGCAGGCCUUCCUCCCGAUGCUCUGCCGCAUGCAGUUCGGGCUCUUCUACUUCUUCGGCGGGUGGGUGCUCGCGAUGACGCUCUUCGUCGCGGCCUUCCUGCCGGAGACGAAGGGCGUGCCGAUCGAGAAGAUGGGGGUCGUGUGGCGGACGCACUGGUUCUGGCGGAGGUUCGUCGCCGACGAGGACGGCCGUGCCGGAAACCGCGACGUCGAGAUGGACUACCGGAAGGCCGAGGGCAUUGCUGUUAGAUAGUCGUAGUCUUGUAGUCAGGAAACCGGAAGGAGCACGUAUUAGUUCACGUGAAGCACGAUAGAUGGGUCAAACCAAAACAAAACGUUGGUGAGCAACUAGUACAGUUUUGGAUC